CACGUUAACGCGGUCGCAGUGCGCCUUCCCCUCUCUUCCAUUCAGCUUUCUCCUUCUUCCUCCGGCGAUCAGUUCGACGGCGUCGGCGGCAAUCUCCUCCAACGACAGUGUGGUUCUUCCCUCUCGAUAGCACGUACGUGAACAAGGCGUGCGGCCACGAGCGAGCCGACGGCAGUGACGCGAAAACCUCGUUAUCGAGCCUAGUGCGCCCACGAACCAGCAACGAUCACGCACAGCAGCAGCAUCGAACGUGACCCGGGCCGUUUGAACACCCUAAAAUUGCGUUUUCCCCCUUCCUACAAGAAAUGGUGUUCCCAGAAGAAGAAAUCACCAAACUCUUUAGAGUCCGGAAAACUGUGUUGCAGAUGUUGAAAGACAGAGGCUAUUUUGUUGGAGAUUUCGAGCUUGAUAUGUCUAAAGCACAAUUUAAGAAUAAGUUUGGUGAGAACAUGAAAAGAGAAGAUCUGGUUAUCAAUAAAUCCAAGAGAAAUAAUAGCUCUGAUCAGAUAUAUGUUUUCUUCCCUGAAGAGCCGAAGGUCGGUAUAAAGAUAGUGGAAACUUAUGUAGGUCGUAUGAAAUCAGAGAAUGUUUUCAGAGCAAUAUUUGUUGUUCAACUGAAUUUGACCCCCUUUGCCCGUAAUAAAAUCGCCGAAUUAUCGUCUACCAAAGUCCAUUUGGAGGUUUUCCAGGAAGCAGAAUUGAUGGUUAACAUCAAAGAGCAUGUUCUCAUUCCCGAGCACCAGUCGCUCACAGAUGAAGAGAAGAAAACGUUGUUGGGGAGGUAUACCGUGAAAGAAACACAAUUACCUCGCAUGCAAGUUACUGAUCCAAUUGCUAGAUAUUAUGGGCUGAAGCGUGGACAAGUAGUGAAGAUCAUCCGACCAAGCGAAACUGCUGGAAGAUAUGUGACUUAUAGAUAUGUUGUUUGAGAUCAAUCUGAUAUGAGCUAUUGAAGUUAUGGUAUUCCUGGCGUGGAAGCGAAUUUGAGUUUUAGGCAGUUCUCCUUUAUGAGCUUCAACAGCAUGUUUUUUGGAAAGGAAGGGUUAAAGGCUUUCUGGUACCAUAUAUUGAGGUUUUUGGUGACAAAGAAAGUCGAUGAACAAGUUUAUCCAUUGGAUCUUUUUGGUUUUUCUUUCAUUGCUAAAACAUUUUCUUUUUGUGAGGUUGAUGAACAUUUUGAAGAGCCUCCUUUUAUUUAAGAAAAAUUUAGAGGAAUAUUCUAGCUAUUUCACAAGUGUUUUAAAUUCUCAAUUAUUUAUAUUAAUAAGAUUUAGCGUUUUUGGA